AUGCCAGGCAACUCCUCAAACACAAACACAAAUCCUAUCAAACUUUCACCUCUAAAACAUGGUGCCCAAAUAUCCAUUAAACUUUUUGCGUCCAACUUUUUCGCUUGGCGCCGCCAAAUCAAUUCACUACUUGCUAGCAUGAAAUGCAUAGGCUACAUCACCGGCAAAGUCGAACCACAAUCUGAGAUGAUCACCACCAAUGGCAUCUCAACAAACAAUCCUUCCUAUGAAGAUUGGUUCGCUAAUGAUCAACUUAUCGUUAGCUUUCUACUCGCUUCCAUGAAUGAACGCGAUAGCAUUGCCUUCUCUUCAUGUGACACUGCUCAUCAACUAUGGCUGGCCAUUGAAGCCAAGUAUGCAAAUCCAUCACGAGCUCAUGUGAUGUCUCUCAAAAACCAACUGCAGAGAAGCCGUAAAGGCUCUCAAACUGUCACUGAAUUUUUAUUUCAGGUGAAAAGAAUCGCUGAUGAACUAGCAGUCUUGGAUGCUACAAUCCCAGAUGACGACAUCACUCUCUAUGUACUCAACGGUCUUGGAUCAGAUUAUCGUGACAUCGCUGCUUCCAUCCGAACUAGAGAACGCUCCUUCACCUUUGAAGAGUUACACAACCAUCUCAUUGCACAUGAAGAAUUCCUGCAGAAAGAAGAUGCACCUGCAGAUGUUACUGUCCCAACAACAAACUUCCAUCAGCGAAAUGAAUCUCGGAAUUUUCGUGGACAUUCAUUCCACCCGACGCAGUCAUCCCCACGCCACCAAAAUGCAUCAAACAACCAUAGUACAAAUCGGCCUCUCUAUCAAGGACCAUCGAGGAACCAACACCAUUUCAAUCAUCGAGCGAAUCUCCCACCUCCACGCUGCCAAUUAUGUAACUUUCUUGGACAUAUAGCCAAAUAUUGCCCACAACUUAUGCAAUCCAGCCCUACUGCUAAUUAUGUUGCUGCAAAUGCAAACUGGAUCCUUGACAGUGGAGCCAAUCAUCACAUCACUGCAGACUUGAACAACUUAAGUCUUCACUCAAACUACGAAGGCCCUGACUCGGUCACAAUUGGAGACGGCUCAGGAUCUCAAGACAGGGGCGACGUUAAUGUGCGGUCCAACUAG